GGGGGGGAACUGAGGGCCCCCAAGCCCUGGGGUGGGAUGCAGCCCUCACCCUGCCAUCCUUUCCCCGCGGGGCCAAGGGCGCCCUGCAGAGAGGCAGCUGAGGGCUGUGCAGCAGAGCUCACGGUGGGAUUCUCUCUGCCCUGGAGCGAGGGAGCAGGGAGUCCCCAGGUGGGACCCCUUUCCCCUCUGGGUCCAUGGGUGGCCCUGGAGGGGAGGCGCUGGAGAGGCUCAGGGUUGGACCUCCAGGCCCGGAUUGGACUCUGCCCUCGCUCCAGGACCCCUGUCGGCUUCCCCCGGCCUCCCCGCCGAGGGAACCUUUGGCCGCGGAACCUUUUUUCUAAGGAACCUUUUGGCCGAGCAUCCUUUUCUCCACGAACUCUUUUCUCGGCGGACCCUUUCGUCGGCGGACCCUUUUCUGGGCGGACCGCCGUGGCGGCGGAAGGCGCGGUUUCCGGGGCGCCGCCAUGGCCGAGGGCUCGGCCGCUCCGCAGCAGUGGUGGCGGCGCCGCCGGCGGGAGGAGGCGGCGGGAGGAGCGAAGCGGCGGCGCGGAGAGGCGAUGGGCGGGCACGGCACCCCCGGCCCGGCCCCGGGGGACGGCGGCGACGAUCUGCUGGGGCUGCUCAUCCGAGACCUGAAUGAAAUAAAUGAGGUUCCUUUCUUUGAUGUCCAGCUGCCUUAUGAGCUGGCACUGAAGAUAUUUCAGUACCUGGGCAAGACUGAACUCGGCAGGUGUGCUCAGGUGAGCAGGACAUGGAAAGUACUUGCAGAAGAUGAAGUGUUGUGGUACCGGUUGUGCCAACGGGAAGGAUAUCUCUUAGAUACAAGCAUCUCUGAUCAUUCCUGCUGGAAGCUCGCCCUCAAGAACUGCCGUGCCAGAGAGCGCACUCUGAAAACCAACUGGAAGAACCGCAUCGGUGCCGUGAGCCAGCUGGGGUACGAGCUGGGAAAAAUUCUGUGUGAUGUACAUUCUUGCGAUGGAGUUGUUAUUGCUGGAUACACAUCAGGAGAAGUGAGGUUGUGGGAUGCUCGCACCUGGGAUUACACAGCCCCCAUCCUGGAAGCAGCACAUGGUCCUGGUGAUGCUGGACCUCAGCCACAUGUCUCCUUUGUGAGGAUAAACAGCUCUCUGGCUGUAGCAGCUUACGAGGACGGGACCAUUAGCGUUUGGAACCUGAUGUUUGGGCGGGAGCCAAUCCAUCAUUACCAGCACAAUCAGAGGAUACAGGCUUUAGCUCUUGGUUCAGAGGGUGCAACGGUAGCAACGGCAUCUGGCUUCGAGGUCAAAGUGGAAAGCCCCGAUGACAGAGGAGUCUGGCAAACGACAGGAACGUUUGAAAUCCAGAAAUUGGUCAACUUCCUUCACCUGGUUCCAGGUGUACUGGGGAGCCCAGUGGCAGUAGCAGCUGCAGAAGACAUUGUUUAUCUCCUGAAAGGAGAAGAUCCUGGGAAGAUUCUCCACUCUGUCUACGGCCAGCCUGUCACGUGUCUGGAUGUGUCUGCUCGUGAGGCAGCCUUUGGAGUCAAAACCCUUGGCUGGGUAUUGAAUGAGCCCAACCAGAUUCUUCUUUACAAUCUGGAAACGAGUCAGUGUCUGAAGAAGAUGGGCAACUCAAUAGGUGACUUUACGUGUGUCAACCUCCAGAACAGUCCUCCAAACAUGCUUGUUGCAGGCAAUAAAGACAGAAGGGUCAGGGUAUUCGAUCUCCGCAAAAGCGAAUCCUUGUGCUCCCUCUAUGCCCACCAGUUAGGAGUGUCUGCGGUCCAGAUGGAUGACUGGAAGAUCGUCAGUGGAGGAGAAGAGGGCUUGGUCUGUGUGUGGGACCAACGGAUGGGCACCAAACUCUGGGAGAUGCACGCCAGACAUCCAGUCCGCCACAUAUGGUUUAAUUCUCACAGCCUCAUCACUGCAAACAUCCCCGAUGAGAAAACUCCCCGAGGGACCAGCAGCAUGGAUGAUGAACUUACCACGCACCGCAAGCAUCGAGGAAUCAUUUAUGCCUAUGAGUUCUCAGUGGACCAGUUGGCUGUGGAAAGCGUCCUUCCGAUUUGCCGCUCUUCCUACGAUGAAGUGACUGGUUACAACUACAACCUUGGCCUCGCAGUUCCCUAUGAUAACAUUUAGGUAACUCGCUUUACUUGGCUCGUGAAAGCAUCCUUCGUAUUUGCUGCUCCUCCUACGGCGAAGUGACGGGUUAUAACAACAACCUCAGCCUCGUGGUUCCCUACGGUAACAUUUAGGUAACUCGUUUUACUUGGCUUUUGUGGCCCAGCCCUCUGCCAAGUACGUGGCCAAAGGAGAUCCACACAGGACCAGCGCCAAAAAGCUGGCGUUGGCUGCAGGCUCAUCAAACAGGCGGAGCGUUGGGGAUGCGAACCAGAACGGAGUAUGGCUGCCCGCGAACAUAACAAUGGAAUAUGUUCAGAGUUCCGCUGUGGUGGAACCGAGAGACUGAAGGGAAACAGAAUAUUUCAAUGUAAACAAAACUAUUGCUUCCUGCUGCUUGUGGGAAAAAUGCUGUCGAUCCCAUCUUGGCAAAGGAUGUGGUCAGGAAGUGAGAGCCCCGGGUGGCAAACUGCUGGAGCGGUGGGAGGCUGGGAGCAUGUUCAGGAGUUCAUGCCUAUCCUGAGAGGGAAAGGAAAACACCAAGGACUUGGAAAAAAACCAUCUGUCUGAGCCACAUGUUUGAAAUGUCUUUCCUUGUAAUGAGCUGCUAAUUCUUCUUUUCCUUAGAGUGCAUCGGAAUGUGUCUAGGAGCAGGACCAUGCACAAAAGGUUGUGGUGAUUGGGAGAGGGCGGAAUGGUGGAGAGAGGGAAGGGAAGGCUGCCCUUGGCCAGGCUGGGUGCUUGGAAACUCAGCAGGCCACACACAUCAGAAUUAUUUUAAAAUAAAUUAUUUUUAUAAGUCUCUAAAAUUCUGGAUUA